CAAGAUUCUUGGUCUAGAACUCAGUCUGUGUCUACUGUCUAUACUCUAUACUUAUUACUUCCAUAUCCAUAUCUUUAGCAUUGACUUGUCUUGGUUGUGACUUGUGGGUCUUAAAUAUUGAUAUUUGACAGUAUUCUUUUGGCCCUAACGUUUUCCGUAAGGACUUCAAGACGGCUGCCAUGACGAAUUUGAAUGGUGUGUUGACACCACCGUCAACACCAUCACCCAAUCUUCUGCAGAUGAAUAUGGCCCGCGAGAGAGAGAAAUAUUUGGAAGAAUAUAACUUCCCAUUUUGCGAAGCAGCUACCAAAUUUGAAAAACUGGCAAAGAUUGGUCAAGGCACCUUUGGUGAAGUGUUCAAAGCACGAGACAAAAAAAAUCAUAAAUUUACAGUUGCUAUGAAAAAAAUUCUUAUGGAAAAUGAAAAAGAAGGAUUUCCAAUUACUGCUCUCAGAGAAAUUAGAAUAUUACAACUAUUAAAGCACGAUAAUGUAGUAAAUCUAUUGGAAAUCUGUCAAACUAGAGCUACUCAGUUCAACCGUUAUCGUUCAACAUUUUAUUUGGUGUUUGAAUUCUGUGAACACGAUUUAGCUGGUCUGUUAUCAAAUACUAAGGUGAAGUUCAGUCUUGGAGAGAUUAAGCAAGUAAUUCAACAAAUGCUCAAUGGUCUUUACUACAUACACAGCAAUAAGAUAUUGCACCGUGAUAUGAAAGCAGCAAAUGUAUUAAUUACAAAAACUGGGACAUUAAAAUUGGCUGAUUUUGGACUAGCUAGAGCAUUUAGUGCACAGAAAAAUGGUCAACCUAAUAGAUACACUAAUCGAGUCGUAACUUUAUGGUAUCGCCCUCCCGAGUUGUUGCUUGGGGAUCGUAAUUACGGUCCUCCUGUAGACUUGUGGGGAGCUGGUUGCAUUAUGGCUGAAAUGUGGACUCGUAGUCCAAUCAUGCAGGGUAAUUCUGAACAACAACAGUUAACUUUAAUAUCCCAACUAUGUGGCUCAAUAACACCAGAAGUCUGGCCUAAAGUUGAAUCUUUAGAUUUGUACAAUCAAUUGGAAUUGGUCAAAGGACAAAAACGAAAGGUGAAGGAACGACUAAAGCCCUAUGUACGUGAUCCAAUGGGUUGUGAUCUAUUAGAUAAACUCUUAGUAUUAGAUCCAGCCAAAAGAUUUGAUGCUGAUUCAGCUUUGAACCACGACUUCUUCUGGACAGAUCCUAUGCCAUGUGAUCUAUCUAAAAUGUUGUCUCAACAAACACAGAGUAAUUUUGAAUAUUUGGCUCCACGUAGACUUAAUAAUCAUCAGUCAUCUGCCAUGCGACCAGCAUCAACCGUUCCAAGUCAAGGGACGUCUACAUCUACUACUUCAGGUUUUCACGAACGUGUUUUCUAGCGCAAGUGAAUGGCAGCUUAAGCGGCCACUCAUAACUAUAAUUUUCUUUUACAUUUUAUAGUUUUUCUUGUAUAAGUUUAUAGAUGAUUUAUUUAUGAAUAAAUAAA